AUGGAGUCCAUCAAGAACGCCGCCAACUACGUUUCCGAGUCCAUCCAGGGCACUGGUGCUGAGGCCUCCAAGGAGACCAACAAGCAGAUCGCCAAGGACGACGAUGCUAAGCUGAGCACCCGCGCCGCUGCCGCCAAGGAUGCCAUUGUCGAUAAGAAGGACGAGAAGACUCACGACACCAAGGCCGAUCUUCACAAGGAGCAGGCUAAGCACUCAUAA